AAAUUAACCUCUCCCACUCUUCCUAGAUAAAUAUUCAACGCUCCACACCACGAUCACUCCAUUAUGAACAACAAUACUGGAGAAUGAUGAAGGAGUGAAAUCACAGGACAGAUAAUAUUUAAAUAUUCCCCGAGAGAUUAGAAAAAGUAAGCAUCAGAAACAUGAGCUGAAAAGCCAGGUAAGGCGUGUGAGAUAAUAAAGAGGGAGUUGGAAGUCGUUGAUAAAGCUAAGGAUUCUUGCAAAUGUCACAAGAUUCUGAGGAGAUAAAAACCACUGAGCACUGGAAAUGGUCCGAAAUGCAAGGCCUUGAGCUUGUGCCCCCUGCUCCUCUUUCCGACUCGACGGCAGAAAACAGAGACUCCCACGCAGAGGAAGCCACCAGAGGAGAACGCAGGGACAUGGAAAUCUCUGAGCCCAAGAAAGACGGCGGAGACAAGCCUGACACUGUUCCGCCCGUCGGAUUCGGCGAGCUUUUCCGAUUCGCCGAUGGAUUAGAUUACAUUCUAAUGGGAAUUGGAACGGUGGGGGCAAUUGUGCAUGGCUGUUCUCUGCCUCUGUUUCUUCGGUUUUUCGCUGAUCUUGUGAAUUCUUUCGGGUCCAAUGCCAAUGAUGUGGACAAGAUGACCCGAGAAGUCGUCAAGUACGCAUUUUACUUCUUGGUGGUGGGUGCUGCUAUAUGGGCAUCCUCGUGGGCAGAGAUAUCGUGCUGGAUGUGGACUGGAGAGAGGCAGCGACGAAAAUGA